AUGAAUGAACAACCAAAAACAUACUAAAAUGCUUUCCAAGUUUUUAAGGAAAGAUAUACCAAAAAGUUAAAGAAGGAUAAAACAUUAACAUAAAAUGACAUUGAUGAUUUAGUCUUACAAAAAUGGAAAUUCUUGCCUGAUGAUUAAAGAGAACCAUAUAAAAAACGAUUUGAAAAAACUAAAGUCAAACUAACCCAAUAGGAUGAAUAAGAAUAAGCAAAUGAUUCUGAAUAAGAAAAGCAACCUUCCAAAAAAGUAAAGCAAUGA